UUUAGUUCACACAUUCACUUCAACAGAAAAUUUAUCUCGUUAAACAUUACAGAAGCUAAGAAAAAUCAGAAAUAUUGACCGCAUAAUGCAAACAAAUGCCGAUGUUGCUAACGUUAAAGAGGAGGACUACUCGAAGUUGGAAGCAUUGCUGGAAAGUAGACUUCCUAAAUCAGGAAUGUUGUACAAUGUAUUGCGACUAACGCAGUCUCUCAAUAUAGGCAAUAAAAUAUCAGUGAAAUUUUACGCUGAUAAUCAUUGCCAAGAAAUGUGGUCUUUGGACUCCGAUGGAACUUUCAUGGGUGCGAUAAAUAUUUUGGGACUACCUCGAAAUAUUAUCGUAUUUAGUGGACCGCCAACUGGAUCGACGCAAGAAACUGUGGCAGCAUUACUUUCCGCACUUGAUUGGUCACAGGAAAUUCAGUUUGAAGGUGUCGAUACCAGUAUCUCUCCAACUUUGGUGGAAGUGGCGCUUAAAUAUGGCUCUGUGAAUCAAAACGAUCCUAUUGGUCUUUACUAUAUGACUAGAGAAGAAGCUCUAGCCAUUCUUUCUGAGAAUCGAGCCGUUGUCAUUUCACAGAGAUCAGAUAUCAAUUUCUAACUCCAACAUUCGUGCAAGUAGUCUACAUCCAAGUGAUGCUCAUAUGGUCCAAGAUAGAUGGCCUGAGAAGGUCGAUGGAUACCUAGAAAUGCUACAAGCAUCGAUUGAACUUUGUAGCUCGGGUGGUGUGUAUAUUGUAGACGAUGUUAAUAAAUCCGUUCCGGACAGGCUGGUAAGCUUUGCAGUAGCGUUACCAUUUGGUUCAAUUCAUGCAUUUCAUACGGAACCGGAUCAGAGACGAAAAGGAUUUGGUAAGCUGACGAUGAAGGUUCUCGCCAAGAACAUUGCUCUCGCAGGGCGGAUACCUUUGGUUCAGAUCUAUGAAGAUAAUGACAAUUCAAAGGCGAUCAAUGUGGGAAUCGGUUUCAAAUAUUCACAUAAAAUCUUCUUAAUUACAUUCCGUCCAAAUAAAGCUGAAUAAUUGUGUAGUAUUGCUUCGUUCGCACUCUUCAGAGUUCUAAUAGGGAGA